CUUAGAGACAAAUCCCACCUCUAGUUGAACACGUGACUGUGUGCUGGCGUGAGCUACAAUAACACUGUUUGUUGUGCUCUGUGAUUGCAGUUUUAGCCUCUUUGUUGUUCUUUUUGGCGUGUAGCUGCUCUUAAAGAUGAGGCUGCAAUGUUUGGUGACGGCGCUUUGUCUCAGUGUGGGUGUCAUGGCUGGGAAAUACUCUCGGCAGGUGAACGAGCCCACGCAGAGUGAUGGCGAUGGGCAGACAGCGGAGUUCAGGAUAGCUAAACUCAACCAGGUGUGGGAGAAAGCCAAACGGAUGCAGCUGACAGCAGUGCGACAGGCCGAGCUGCACAGCGACCUAAAGAUUCAGGAAAAAGAUGAGCUGCAGUGGAAAAAAAUGAAGGUGGAAGGCUUGGAUGAGAACGGGGAGAAAGAAGCCCAGCUCAGGCGCAACUUUAACGUGAUCCUGGCCAAGUAUGGCAUGGAUGGGAAACGGGACAUGAGGCCGAUGGAGACCAACUCCCUGAAAGACCACGAGGCCAAAGACGGCGAUGUGUUCGACGAUCCCAAACUGGACAAACUCUGGAACAAGGCCAAGAGCUCUGGGAAGUUCUCUAACGAAGAGCUGCAGAGCUUGAAGAGGGAAUUCCAGCAUCACAAAGACAAGAUCCACGAGUACAACAUCCUGAUGGACACAGUCAGCAGGACCGAGGAAAUUCACAAAAACGUAAUCUCCCCCAUGGAGGGCGACACCAAAGAGCACCUGCUGCAGCAGAAGCACACGGAGCUGAAGGAGAAAAUGAGAGACCUCAACCACGGCUUCGAGCGCCUCCGCAAAAUCAGCCACGAGGGUUUCUCUCAAGACAGCGUGUUUCGGGAGCCGCGUGUGAUUGAACUGUGGGAGGCUGCAAAGAGGGCAAACCUCAGCAAAGAUGAGCUGGAGUCUCUCAAGGAGGAGCUGCAUCACUUUGAGACCAAGGUGGAGAAGCACAGCCACUACCAGGAGCAGCUGGAGUUGUCUCACCAGAAGCUGCGACAUGUUGAGUCUCUGGGAGACAAAGAGCACAUCAGGAGGAGCCAGGAGAAGUACAACACACUCUCCGAGAAGACCAGAGAGAUGGGCUACAAGAUGAAGAAACACAUGCAGGACUUGUCCAAUAAGAUCUCUCGUCAGGGUCUGCAGCACAACGAGCUGUGAGGCUCGGCUCCUGAUCGCCACCACUGGAGGAUCAUGGAACUGCACCCUGCUUGAACUGUGGGAAUCAUUCCCGUCGGCUACUGAAAAAUACGACACGGGAGGUUUUCUUUUUUGCUGUGUGACUGGCUGAAUGAAUGAAUGAUUUAUACAAAGUUUGCAGAUCAGACGGGCAAACUUUCACUUUUUUAGUAAACUGAUCAAAUGAAAUGAGUUACUAAUGAAAUAAUUACUAAAAUUUUCUGUUGUAAUUGUAUGAUAAAUGAAACAAAUGUGGAAAACCAGUUUUGGUACCUAAAGCUGAAAAUGUGGCACUACUCCUUUACUUCUGCCAGAUCUAGUUGGUGAAAUAAGGGCAACAAUGUUGCGUUUUUCUGCAUUUGUCUGUAAUUAAUUGUGAAAAUUAAAUAUUAAGACUGGUGUUUGUGCUGCCGCUACUGUUGGCAGUUGUAGGUCGGUUUAUUGAAAUGAUGCAAAAGUAUUAAAAAUGAUCAAAAA